AGUGAGCCCUGAUUACAACAUGCAACUGCAAAGAUUCUAAUGAGGAUAAAAUCAUCUCAUUACGUGGAAGGAUUACAGCCUAGACGGUCCUGGACGUGUGAUGACUGACUGCACUCAUCCGUCCUGUAGCAUAACUCACAUCAAGGGGUUUCCUGUUUGGAUGUGUGCUCACUAAAGGAGGGAGCUCAUAAAUUAGGGAUGCAUAUUGGCUCCGCGAGAGGACGACGAGUCUCUUUCCAGGCGGUUCUCUCAGAGCAAGAAGGCGAUUCCUCCCGGACUGGUGGAGGACUGGAGGACUUAAACCGAACCCAUCCUGGACCCGGGGCGCUGCAGGGGGUCCGAGCAGCAGCAGCACUCAAGACCGGACCAGCGGCUCACAGAGGAACGAUAUUAUUGACGCGUUUAGUGGUCGUUCGUUAUUUGGUUGUUAUUAUUCUUUUGGGUUUGUUAUCAGCCGUGCGUCACGACGCAUGGACGGAGAGGUUACAUCAAAGUUUAUCGCAUAAAAAAGGAGAGAGAAGAAAAGUGAUUUACAGUCAGAGGGAAGGACAUGGGUCAAUGUACCGGUGUGAGGGCGAUUCUGCUCCACGCCAGCUGGGUCUGGAUCCUGGGGGGCUUUGGAGCGACCAGCUUGACUCGUGGACUGGACACGUCUAGCUCAGAGUGUCCGGAGAACCACAUCCAGACAGUGGAGUACCCGUGCUCCCGGGCGCAGGGGAAGAACAGCACCUGCUACAGGAGGAAAUGCUGCCAGGGCUUCCGGUUUGUCAUGGGCCAGUGUUUACCUGAAGGUGUGGACGUGUGCGCGGGCUCUCCCUGUGAACAGCAAUGCACCGACAACUUUGGACGGGUGGUCUGCACGUGUUACCUUGGUUACCGUUUUGACAGAGAGAGACAUCGGACCCACCAAUCUCCGUACUGCCUGGACAUUGAUGAGUGUGAGGAGUCAAACAGUGACGUGUGUGACCACGAGUGUGUGAACACCAUGGGGAGUUUCCAGUGCCACUGUCGCGUCGGCUACAUCCUAGCGACAGACCAACGCUCCUGUGUGCCAAGACACAACCUGAACUCCUCUGGGAAGUCGGACCCCCUGAUGAGCACCAGCUCCUGCUCCUUCACCUGCCAGGACUUCGUCAGCAUGAAGAGCAGCAUCCUGCAGCUCAGGCUGCAGGUGGGCAGCAGCCAGCAGGUGCCUGGCUUCCCGAUCAGCAGUAACAAGCCGUCCCCGCCUCGAGGGGCCAAAGGUCACGACGGCCCCUGUCCUCCAGGGCCGGUUGGCCCUCCAGGAGCCCCUGGUGUCCCAGGACACCCCGGGGAGCCCGGUCAGAGGGGGGAGCCGGGGGGCCGGGGGCCGAUGGGAGCCCAGGGCCCCGGGGGCCAGAUGGGUCCGAUGGGUCCGAAGCCCGACCUGAACCACGUCAAGAGGGGUCGCAGGGGUCCCGUGGGAUCUCCCGGCGCUCCAGGGAACAGCGGACUGAAGGGCGAGAGAGGAGCACCUGGCCCCAGAGGUCCGCCUGGCUCGCCCGGCUCCUUUGACUUCCUGUUGCUGAUGAUGGCCGACAUCCGUAACGACAUCAUUGAGCUGCAGGAGCAGGUCUUCGGGGGGAGGCGGGGCCUGUCCCUGGACGGCCCGCCCCUCUCCAGCGGGGAGGCGGACCACCCCGACUGGGGCUCGGGACAGGACGACCUUUUGCUGCGCAGCUGACCCCCGCGUGAAGCCCCGCCCCCCCUCCCCUCCCGUCUGGCACCUGUCACUCCAACCGAACUUAAAACGGGCUGCUCAGAGCAACGAUGGAGACCCUAAAUAAUAAUAUUAAUAAUAAUAAUAACAAUAGUGGAUAAUGGUUGAACCUCACAGCAGGUAGUGGAGGAGGUAGUGGAGCAGGAAGUGGAGGAGGAAGUGGAAGAGGAAGUGGAGGACGCGACCACGAUGGAUGGGGAGAGGUGAAGAUAGAGAGAGGAGUGCGAUGAGGGGCACCAGACGUCCAGGGGAGAUGGUGUAAACACGUGGUGACCCCAAUGCGACCCUGACCCCGUCUAGCCUCGCUGUCUCGUCUCCUGGAGCCUGUCAUGACGGCUGCGGAGAGCGUGAGUCAGGAGGAAGACGAGGAGGAGGAGGAGCAGGAUGACGAGGAGGAGGAGGAAGAGGAGCUAGCCGCGCAGCUCGCCGUAGCCUCUGGGAGCAGAGCGGCUUCACACAGAGCCGCUAUCGUCAGCAUCUCUGCCCCACUGCUGGCUGAGGAAGGGGGUCUGACUGUGAGGGACCUCGGGGUCUUUCUGGGGAACCCAGGGCCAGCGCUGACCAUUUCGGUGCCCUAGGCGACUCGACAUUAAAUUGCAGUGCCCUAACAAUUAAUCCCGUGCCCCCUCCCUUCUCCGUUCCGUUUGGGAACAUGUUGGUUUCAUUUAGCUUUUUUCGUAUAUUUUUAUUAAUUAAUUAAGGUGGCGCCCCCAACACAUUUGCCGCCCUAGGCGAUCGCCUGGGUCGCCUAUGCCGAGCGCCGGCCCUGGGGGAACCCAUCCCUGGGACUUGGACUCUGUCACAGCUUUGGUUUCCAUGCCAACCUCCUCCUCCCCACCCAGCCCCCCCAGAGCCCUGGGGACCUUACAAACCGAACCCUGGACCCAAUUUACAGACGCUGACCGCCAUGUUUUUGAUAUUGUACAAUAUUGUAUAGAAAGUUCAAGUGAACUAUAUUUUGUUAUUGAGGUAAUUUGUUCCUCUUUCAACCUGUGAUUUAUCUGUGAAAAUAUAUUUUUUGUACCAAAAUGAUAAUAUAAACUUUACAUUUUCGGAAACAUCGUGUCUCCUCCUGUUGGGACACGAGGUUCUGAUUGAGGAAAGAUGUGUGUAACCAAAAGUUUAAACACAUCAGUCAGAACGGGUGUCGGAUUACCUCUGGAACCCAAGGAGAUAGACAGGCCAAGCUUCAAAUGAACAGAAAAACAUGAAAACAUCAAUUGAAGUGUCUUUGAAAUCCAAGUCCUCGAUUCCUCAGCAGUACAUCAGCGAGGGAAGGAUAAAUGACAGGGUGAACUCAAAGUGGAGAGAGUGAGAUAUAAGGUAUAUACAUACAUACGUGAGAUGCAGGUAUCUCUAUCAUGUGACACCAGAUUCCUUAGGGCUCACUUACUCGUCAAAAACUGAUCUCUACACUUCUAUCUGGAAUAGUUUAUAAAAAAAUAUCAUGCAUAGGCCUAUAUGAUAAAUACGUUUGAUAAAUAUAUAUCACUCAUACAUACUGAUUUGAGGAAGGCAGGCUGAUCUCAGGGCUGU